GGUUCUUGUACGACGAGCGUUCUUCCUGGUCCAUUCAACCAACGACAUUUUACCACACAUCACGGAACAGGUCCCGACACAAUUAGGAAGGCAUCGCUUAUUCUCCAGCACCUUCACCAGACUUCAGUACCGUUGCUGCCUCCAGGACCGCAUCUCAAAUCCACACCCCGGACUCCUUCACCUCUACCACAGGCUUGCCCAUCUUCAUUGCGCUUGCUGUUGGCUACGUUUUCGAGCGUUGCUUCCCGAUCGGCAUCUCAUCUUGCUUGUAUCCAAUCUCUUUCACGUGUAUCGUUAUACCACAUCCCAAUAAUCCGCCUCGAGUCUCUACCACUUCAAAUAAUACUCACAUCGUCAUGUCGUCCUACAACUAUACCACUUCACCUGCCUCUCCAACGACGUCUUUCUUCCCCACGGGUCCUUCGGCACCACAUGCCUUCUCGACGAUGCACCAAUCUCCGCGCGACCAGUACUCUAUGUACGCGACGUUAGCGUCCACGGUGCAAGGCGGGCAGAAUGGACAGCUGGGGAGCACAGGAGGCAAAAUCGUGCAGAAGGUUUUUGGGAAGAAGUAGCGGGGAAUGGUCUGUGCUCUGAGACGGAUUCGAAGCAUGCACUAGGAGAGGGAUGAUAUAUAGAGCAUGGUGACGUCGGGCAGCUGGUGGAGCUCGGACGGUUAAUCAUGUUCCGGUCGCGGGACCAGAGCUAGGAGAGAGCUGGAGAGAGGUGGUACGGUCGUGUUUCAGCGUUGAUCGCGGUCACACUCACAUUCGACAUUCUACCCUGUAUGUUUUUAUCGCAUAGCUCCACUGUAUCAUAGAUCCUGUUGUAUUGUAUAUCUUUUGCUUGGGGACUUUCACACAGCGCUGGCAUCUU